CAGGGCCAGCUGCUGCCCGGUCCGCGGCAGCCGCCCUGGGGCCCCCACGCGCCGCCGCCGUGGGGGCCUGUGGCGCCCGCGCGGCGGCUGCCGAGCGGCCAUGAGGUGUUCUUCGGCGUGCUCAAGCAGGUGAACGAGGAGAAGGGCUGGGGCCACGUGGCCUGCGCAGCCACUCAGAAGAUAUACGGGAGAGACAUGUUCGUCAUGAGGUCAGACCUCGAGGGCCAGCCCCUGCAGGUCGGGGCGGCCGUCUGCUUCGCGGUGGCGCAGGGCCCCAGGGGUCCCCACGCCACGGGCUUGCGCCCCGUAGACCCCGCAGCGCUGGAGCGCACCUUCGCGGGC